AUCUCAGAGUAUGUAACGUGAUCACGCACAUCACACGUGAAUAAGUGAUUGGCUAUUUGAUUUGAUUUACUACUCAAUGUUUUCAAUUUCAUUUUGCAUAGCCAAUAAAGAUUGUGUUUACAGACAUCCAUCUUCAUCAGCUGCUAAUCAAAAUAUAAAGAAUACACAGUGAACUAUUAUGGAACAAAUUUGUAAAAAACAACAUAUUUUUAUGUAGUUUAAUCAAGCACAUGAAAUAGGAAAGUCUAUUAAAGUGAAUAUAUGAAAACUACCAGAACAAUUUCAAUAGCCAAAUUCUAACAAACUCACGCAACAGUUUACUUGUGAUCAUGACUGACUCCAAGCAUAAGUCACUGAAAAUUAGGGUAAUUGGUUUACUUGUAAUCAUAACAGUGACUUUAUAUCUUGCUGUUGAGUUAAAUCUGUUUAUCUCUGAUCAGUAUGUGUUUUAUAGCGCUGUCACUGAACAAGGUCUUCCCUACUACACAAAGAAGGAAAGACAACGAUAUAAAAACAUAUCAGAUGUGGAUAAAUAUAAACUGAAGUUGGCUCAGAAAAAGACUGCAACUCUUGAAGCGGCUUCAAACUCAGUUCGUAUAACAAUAGGAUUGAUUACCACUUUAUUAGUGGGUUAUUUGUCUGAUCGAUACGGUCGUCGAGCAGCGUUUGGAAUUUUAUUAGUCGGUGAGGUCUUGCAUGUUGGUUUAACCGGUCUUAUUGUGUUGUUGAAGCUGAAUAUGUGGCUGAUUUUACUCCCUGGACUUUUGGAAGCAAUUUUCGGUGGUGGUCUUUUAUCACUCUUUGCUCAGGUUGCCACAAUCCAAGUAGACGUUUGUCAUCUAUCCAUGAAGUAUUCAACCGAAAAAACAGAUAAAAAGAAUGUAAAGUCCUUUGAUAAACAAAUGUGGAUAUUAUUUACGAUUUUCGAUGGAAUAGCUGCCUUAUGCGUAUCAGCAGGAUCACCGAUUGGAGGAGCUUUAAUCUAUCACUAUGGAUUUCAAGUAGCCAUGUUCACAUCACUAGGUUUACUUGUUCCAAGCUUAAUUUUAAUAUUCUGUUUACCCGAAACGAAUAAAAACAAAAAGAAAUCAAGUGUUGUACAGGACGAAGAGCCUUUUGAAAAAGUUAACAACUAUGAUCCAAAUGAAGAUACUCGUAGUAUACAAAUAGAAUUCAAAAAGACGUUAAAAAGUAGAGUUACAGAUGCAUUUCAACGUCUGAAAAAUUUAGAUCCUAUGGUGAUUAUGAUUCUGUCAAUGGUUCUACUUGGUUCAGUGUCAGCUUUGGCGGACUUACAGUAUGUUGCUGUUUAUUUAAUGGGACCUCCAUUCUUGUGGAGUCCGGAAACCGUUGGACUAUAUUCUGGUGUAACUGAUGUGACAUCAGCUUUCCUAUCAAUUAUCUGUACUAUUCUAAUUAUCAAAUUUGACGAAAAGCGAAAGGCCAGAGCUCUCAAAGAACAAAAUACCACAAACAGCAAUGAACGAAAUCAUUAUACACGUCAAAUGCAUUUACUAAUUACAGUUUUUGCUGCAUCAGUUAUAAUGUUAAUAGUGAAUCGUUCAGUAGUCGGAGUAGCUUAUCGAUUUUCACUACCAACUGCGAAUAUUUUAAUUUAUAUCGCUUCUAUUCCCAGAUUGAUGAAAAGCUUCCUUGUUCCAAUAAUUCGAACAAUGCUUUCCAUUAGUGUUCAUGCAAGUAUACAAGGCAUUAUGCAAUCGAUUGCCGCAUUUGUUUCUCGAAUCGGUUUACUCAUCAGUUUAACAGCACUUCCUGCAAUAUAUGCUGGAACAGUACUGACAUUUCCAGGAACAGUAUUCAUCGUAGUUGUCAUAAUAAUGGCAGUAACACUCAUUAUUGACUUAUUAUUACCAUUCGUGAUGAAGAAACAAAAUUCCAAACUAAAAGAUGCUGAAUUAAACAAUCUUCAUAAUGUAAAAGAAGGCGAAGUAUGAGAAGUGACAAAAUCAGAUGAUAUUGUCAAUUAUAUUGGAGAUAUGUUUUAAUAAUUUAAUAAAUUAUCAAUAAAAUUCACUAAUUGUAAUUAUUUAAUUCAAAACGUAUAUACUAGAAUAUUACGUCAAGUAUUAUUUCAAAGAACAUUUCAUUAUACUGAAUCAUCUAUUGAAAUUGUAUUAAAAUUAUUUAUCUUUCUAGAAAUGAUGAUACGUCUGAUGCCAUGAAUAUGAUUGAUUACGUAAAUAUAUUGAGUUACUUGUCAAAUAGUCAGAAUUUUUGUUACUUUUCUAUGUAGACAAUGAUAUUGAUUCUAUCAUAAGACAUUGAAUUGUAGUAAUCUCAAUAAAAUAAUAAUUAAAGGUUUAUUCGAUGGUAAAUAGUUUACAUAAAUAUAACUUUCAAUGAUAUAAUUCAUUAAUAAAAUAUUCAAAGCCUCUUGUAAAUAAGCUUAUAAGAACCAUAAUUCAUAUUAAAGCCAAUGUAAUGUAAUGUUUUAUUUUAAGCAAAAAUAGCUUUCUUACAUCUUGAUUUG